CAACCUGAGCUUGGGUUCCCAAAUUCACAGAUCACUCAUUCACCCCUACCAAAGGUACAUAACUACGAAAUCUCUUAUAAUUAUGGAAAAUCAUAAAUGGAUAUUUUCGUCCUAUUUUCCGUAAAUAUAAGCUUCUAGAUAUUCUUUCUUCUGUAAAUUACUAUUUACUACCUAGCUAAAAAUCUCCCUCUCUCCGGAAGGGAAGGAAAGGAACAGCUUGAAACCCAGGCUAAAAUGAUUGAACUCUCGGACAGUGAGAGUUCAUCAGAUGAAGAAUGUAACGUUCAGGUCAAGUCAGAAGUUGAUGAAUUCUGCGAGGGUUCAUCCUCAAUGGCGACGACAUCCAGGAGACUAAUUGAGAGAGGGCAGUCAAGUAGUCGUCACAGCCAAGAAACAGGAUAUCCGUUCGUUAAGUCAGAAAUUGGGGAAUUUGAUGAGGGUUUGCCAUCAGGCACAACAUCCAGGAGACCAGUUGAGGUGAAUCCUCCAACCUCAUCUCAGAGGCAUAAUUUGAGGCAAUACUUUAUAGGGAUGGGGUUCUCACCAGCUCUUGUUGACAGAGUAUUAAGGGAAAAUGAUGAAGACAAUGUCGAGUUGUUAUUGGAAAGUCUUUUCGAGUAUUCUGCUCCCCAAAAUGUGAAGUCUGAACCCGCAGGUUCUUCUGACAGAAUAUCGAGUCCCAUUACUGAUGACAGCGAUUUUUCCCUUGACGGUGCUGAAAUGGAGGAACUUGAGGUGAAAUCUGAAUUUAUUGAGGAUACAAGAGCUUAUUUGUUAACUAUGAAUUUCUCGGUAAAAGAAAUUGACUCCGCUAUAGAAAGGCUCGGUGAACAUGCUCCUGUUAAUGAGCUUGUGGAUUACAUUGUUGCAACUCAAAUAGCUGAGGGCGCAGCAAAGAAUGAGGAAGCUACUACUGCAUCCUUAUUUGCGACUAUGGAUCGGACGCUUCUUUUGCUUGAAAUGGGGUUCACUGAAGAAGAAAUAUCUUUUGCUCUUGAAAAAUAUGGUGGAGAUAUUUCAGUUCAGGAGCUGGCUGCUUCGAUAGUUGCAAAGCAAAAUGGUGAUACCUGGGUUGUAAAAACAGAGGAAGAAUCAACCUCCGAUGUUAUGCACCAUUCACACAGUGAAAAUGGUUGGCGGCCAUUUGAAAGUUCCACUAAUCAUCAUGAGGAUAGUGUGAGUCAUUCACAGACUGGGAAUGGUUGGACUACCAUAGAAAGUCUAUCAAGGGAAACUAUCAGACGUCCAUAUGAAAGUCUUACAAAUCACCAUGAUGAUAGUAGGAGUCGUUCACAGACUGGGAAUGGUUGGACUACUGUAGAAAGUCUAUCAAAGGAAAGCAUCAGACGCCGAGCUGUUGAAACAUCUAUGUCUCAGAAUUAUGCUUCAAGUUCAAGUUUUAAUCCAUAUGAAGAAUACACAGACUCGAAGGAAAGUGUCAAAGGCAAAAGACCAAAAAUUGAAUCCCCUGAACCCAUGUCAAUAUCAGAAUCUUUUGACGACUACAAAGUUCCUAUCAGUUCUCACAGUACCGUUCCUUCACGUCGUCUUCUUGAAUCUGUUGCUAAACCCCCUUAUUUCUUCUAUGGGAACGUUUUGGCCAUCUCCAACAGUACUUGGGUCCGAAUAACACAAUUUCUGUAUGGUGUUGCUCAGGAAUUUGUGAAUACUGAAUUCUUUUCUGCAUUGAGUAGGAAGGAAGGUUAUGUGCAUAACCUUCCGACAGAAAAUAGAUCUCAUAUCCUUCCGAAGACGGCGAUGACAAUUGAAGGUGUGAUGGCUCAUACAAAGCCAUGGUGGCCAUCAUGGGACACACGAAAACAUUUAUCAUGGAUUAAUCCUGAGGCCACAGGCAUCUAUCAGUUGUGUGAGAGAUUAGGGAGGAUAUUAGCUGAUACACGAGGGGUUCCUUUGAAGAUUCAACAGUCAGAAAUCAUUCAUCACUGCAAGACCCUAAAUCUUGUUUGGACGGGAAAAAACAAAUUAAGUCCUAUAGAUCCUGAAUACAUUGAGCAAAUAUUGGGGUAUCCAGCAAACCAUACUGAUAUAGUGAGGUAUGAUCUGGCAGAAAGACUUAAAUUACUUAAGUACAGUUUUCAAACAGACACACUCGGGUAUCAUCUCUCAGCUUUGAAGAGAAUUUAUCCACAUGGGUUGAAUAUGUUGUCUGUAUACAGCGGCAUUGGUGGGGUUGAAGUUGCGUUACACCGUCUUGGAGUGCGUCUAAAAUGUGUUGUUUCCGUUGAAGACUCUGAAACUAAUCGAAGGAUUCUCAAGAGGUGGUGGGAUAAUACUAGACAAACUGGAAAACUAGUGCAGAUCGAAGGCAUUGGAAAAAUGACAAGUAGCAGAAUCGAGUGUCUGACAAAAGAAUAUGGUGGUUUUGACUUUGUAGUUUGUCAAAACCCAUGUGCUCUCAUGUCUGGAAGCUCAAAUGGUGCAGUGGAUGCAGAUCUCGACACCAACAUGUUUUUUGAAUUUGUUCGUGUUUUACAAAGAGUAAGGGGAUCUGCAGGAAGUAACAGAUGAGGAAAAAAGUUCCCUUCCUUAAGAUACUACCACUCACCUCUGUUGCUGUAAAAUCAGAAGUACCCUCCCAACAAGGCAUUCUAAAUCAUCAGAGUUGGGGGAUGACAGGGUAAGAAUGCUAAAUUGUAAUCUCGUCAGGUAGAACUGUAAAAUUGUAAAAUUGCAGUAUCGUCAAGUAGAACUGUGAAAUUGUAAAACUGUGACCAUGACUGGUUGGUAACGCUAAGCUGUAACACAGAUUUGGUUAGUCGCAGAAUGCACAGAGGAGUCAGUGUCGGGUCUGUAUGGUUGAGCAGAAUGCAUAAGCAAGACCCAACUAUUAUUGGAGGCUAAGAUGAUGCUGCACCAACCAACCAACUUAAACUUUGUUGGUAAGGGUGGUUACAAAUCAAGCCUUGAUCCAUUUGGAAUUUAACAUUACUGGGUAUAAAUUAAGGCUUUUCUUCAAAUUUUAUUAUUUAUUCACAAACUGAUUACUAAAUGGUCAGAAGUGGAAGGUGGGGUUUUCAGGUUAAACUUUUUCUCUGUAAAGCUUUAAAAUGAAAAAAAAAGAAGAAGAGUGAUAUCCAGAUCAAUUCAAUGCAGUUUCACUGCGCAAUGACCAAUUCAUCUUAAAAGUCGAUGAUGGUGUCAUUUCUAUUGCU